AUGUUGCGCGAGAAUUGGAUCUCCACUCGCCUACGCACAGCCCAAGCAGUAAAUGCGGCUAUGGCAGCGGCACUUCGGAGCGCACAGUGUCUCCAUAGUCUCGAGGCGAGAGCCGCGGCUGCUGGGAAUGCUUUGGCGCUGGCGGCCGUCCUGCAUAAUGCUCAAACUUUUGAAGAGGUUCGUUUCUUAUGUCGGUAUCAUAAUGUGGAGUUUGAAUCGUUCCUGGAGGCUGAAGCUCCUCAAGAUCAAGGAAAUUUGUGCUGA